CAACGAACUACGGGCGGAGGUAGGGUAGCGCCUUCGCCCCCUCCUACUGAGCACGCGCAGGCGGCUCCGGCAUGUUCGGCAAGCUGUGACGGGAGGCCGUUCCUGACACUGCACCGGCCACUGGCGGGAUGAGAUGACAUCAGCUCGGCGGGACGCGCGCAGGCGGGACAACGCAGCAAAGAGAAGGGUGUAUGAAAACUCCAUGGGGUCAGCCAAAAAUGUGAUAAGUGAGACUGUUGAUAUAGCAGAGAGUUAUAACAUGAUGGCUUCUUUCCAGCGCUCUAAUAGUCAUGACAAAGUGAGGAAAAUUGUUGCAGAAGAGGGUCGUACAGCAAGAAACCUUAUUGCAUGGAGUGUCCCACUGGAAAGCAAAGAGGAGGAUAGUAAGUCUAAAUGGCAAGUAGGUGGAAAAUCUAAGAGAGUGAUUCAUGGAACACACAAACCUACAAAACAGGUAUAUAUGUUGAACUUUUCAGUUUUGUUUUAA